CCGUGAAAUCAGCCAUUCAAUCAAUCCCCCGCUUCCUUUCCCGUCUGGGCGUCUGGCCCUCUCGAUCUGCGGCGCAAUGCCGCGCCUUCUCCCAAAGCUGAGACGUCGCGCGCCCCCACGCGCGACCGCUAGGCAGGCUCUUCCUCUUCCCAGUCCUCUCCGGCGCGUAGCCAUCUCCACCGGCCUGCUCCACCAGCCUGCAGGGCGCCCGCAGUACGAGCCCCCGCGACCUGCGCCCGCCCCGGCCAUCCAUCUCCGGCGGCAAACAGAGCGCCGGUCGGACAAGCUCCAGCAACGUGCGCCCCCGCCCAUCUAUCUCCGGCGGCCUGGAGCAACAACGCCUUGCUGGAAUUCGAGAGGUACCCAUCCCGGAGGCGCCGGCGGCAGCCAGCGGCCAGGCUGAAGUCAGCCUCGAGGCGCCAGUGGCGGACCAGUAACAUUCAAGUUAAAGGCUUAUCUGGGAGAUGGUUAAUUUCAAGGUCAGGAUCAGUUUGGAACUUACAUGGGAGAUGUUGAAUAUCACUCUAUCUUUCUAAGAUCAAUGACUUUUGGUGUUUUCAUUUGCAUCAAGUGUUCAGGAGCUCAUAGAAGUCUUGGAGUACACAUAUCCAAGGUCUGUAAUCUUGGGUGGUCAAAGAAUGUAAAUGAGCUUGUUAGUACCCACAGAUACUCUCAAAACCAAAUAAUUGUUUGGAGAUAUCCAACAAUGUCUAAGCUUGCCACUUUGACAGGCCAUACAUACAGAGUAUUGUAUCUAGCUAUUUCCCCUGAUGGACAGACCAUUGUUACUGGUGCUGGUGAUGAAACACACUGGUUUUGGAACGCGUUCCCAUCUCCAAAGUCUCAGACCCUUCUGGGGAGGCCUCCAAGGUGCUCUGCGAUGCCUUCCAAUGGUCUUAGUUUCACUCCAGAAAUGCAACGCAAACGUACAAAAGAGUUUUCUGGUGGAUGGUGCAUGAGAAUAGCUCUAGCACGUGCUUUGUUCAUUGAGCCUGAUUUACUACUACUUGAUGAGCUGACAAACCAUCUUGAUCUUCAUGCUGUGUUAUGGGUAUGGCUAGAAACAUAUCUCCUGAAGUGGCCAAAGACAUUUAUUGUUGUAUCACAGGCUAGGGAGUUUUUGAAUACGGUUGUCACCGACAUUCUUCAUCUGCAUGGUAGAUGAAACGAAUGAGAAAGCCAGAUCCCAUAUGCAGGCAUUCGUUGACAAGUUCCGGUACAAUGCAAAGAGAGUAUCGCUUGUUCAAUCAAGAAUCAAGGUAUGUUUUCUCACAGUCCUCCAUGUUAUUAUUUUGCAAUUCAAAAAAUGUUUCUCUUUUACUGUAUGCGUUAGGUAGUGCGGGAUGUCUGCCUCCUCCACGGAGUUGACGCCGAGUCCCAGCAGCGGCCCUCCCACUCCUUCCACGGUGUUGGAGCAGCGCCCAGGUCUCGUUCCUCUCCUCCGGUGGUGGCUCGGAUGGACUCCGGCACAAAUCACCUGCUCCGGUGCUGCAGCAAGGGCGGCGCAGCGUGGGAGAAAGGGUGGUGAUCGCACCUCAGCGGAAGGGGCCUGGCCGCUUCCCUGAGUCGAUGCAAUAAGUUGAUCAGGUGUACAGGUUUGUCAUUUGAGGGUGGUUCUGAUAUGAUGAUUACCUUGCUUGGUUGCAUUGAAGUCUACAAAAUGCUUCUGAAUGCAGUAUGGGAUUUGGUUCAACUUAUACAUCACUUGUAUUCAAGUAUUGAACUGUGAACUGAAUAACCAAUGGUCCAUAUACGACAGCUGAAAUGGUGAAGCAUUUUAAUUUAACCUUCAUACAAAAUAAUCGUAUCUUUUUGUUCUAGGCAUGCCAAUAGUGCAGACCAUUUUACUAUUAAAGAGAGGUCCCUCUCUUGCCUAAGAUGGUCGGGAUUGGCUCAAGGUCUCACCGUUGUUGCUCAAGUUCAGCGGACUAUAUUCAUAUUGGAUGGCCAUCUCUUAAGGUAAGUGUGACCAUACAAUAACCAUAGAUUACAUUGUGUCUCUAUGUUUUGUAUUACUCUAACUGCUCUAAUCCUUUUGUAUUAAGCUAUCAAUUUCUAUUAGCUUCAUGAAAUAGAACUUGCAUGCCAUGUAUAGCCUCUUAGAUGUAGAUGUACAACUACCACCAGUUACAUGAUCGAAUGCAAAAAAAAAAAAAA